ACAUAGCUCCAGUUUCAAUGUUCUUUAGUGACUUGUUGUUCUCAGACUGGUUCAGUUGUUUGGUUUGUUGCUUUACUGGUUGUAAACAGUGGCUGAAGCCAUGGGGUCUCUAUUGAGAUGGUUGCUGUUUUCCUUGCUAGCUGUGGGAUGCCAAGCAAUUUCUUUCAGGACUGGAUCUACUCAGAAGUAUGGAGAAGGUGAUGGUGUCACUACGGGUUAUCAACCAGAUUCAAACAGCUUUACCACUGGGGAUGAUUCUUCAUGGAGCAUAGGGGCACUUGGUGGUUAUGAUUCAACCUCAAAUACUAAAUUGCUUGAGCAGUCUGCUUAUCAGCUAAAGCAACUUCAAGGAUCUAGCUUCAAGGAACAGGAGGAUGAACAAUUGCAAUUGCCCCAGCAGUCAAUGAAGGAGGCUCCCCAAAAGUCUCAGCACAUGUCCCAGCAGCCUAGCUUUUCACCUGAGCUGCAGCCACAGGUUCCACCAAAGCAGCAGCAGAUGCCGCCGAAGCAAAUUGCUCAGAUGCCCCAGCAGCCCAGCUUUCCACCCAAGCAGCAGCAGCAGCAGCAGCAGCAGCAGCAGCUGCCUCAGAUGCCUGAGCAGCCUGCUCAUUUGCCCCAGCAGUCCAGCUUUCCUUCCAAGCAACAGCAGCAGCUGCCUCAGAAGCCCAGCUUGCCACUGAUGCAGCAGAUGACUCAGCAGCCUAGCUUUCCAUCCAAAGAGCAGCAGCUUGCACAGGUGCCCCAGCAGCAACCCAACUUUCCACCCAAGCAACAGCAGCAGAUUGCUCAGAUGCCCCAACAUCAGCCCAGCUUUACAUCCAAGCAAGAGCAGCAGAUGCCCCAGCAGCCCAGUUUUCCGCCCCAGCAGCCCAGUUUUCUGCCAAAGCAGCAGCUUGCACAGAUGCCCCAGCAGCCCAGCUUUCAAUCUAAGCAAGAGCAGCAGAUGCCCCAGCAGCCCAGUUUUCUGCCCAAGCAGCAGCUUGCACAGAUGCCCCAGCAGCCCAGUUUUCUGCCCAAGCAGCAGCUUGCACAGAUGCCCCAGCAGCCCAGUUUUCCACCCCAGCAGCAACUUGCACAGAUGCCCCAGCAGCCCAGUUUUCCACCCCAGCAGCAACUUGCACAGAUGCCUCAGCAGCCCAACUGUCCACCCAAGCAGCAGCAGCAGCAGCAGCAGCAGCAGCAGCUUGCACAGAUGCCCCAGCAGCCCAGCUUUCCACCCCAGCAGCAGCUGGCAAAGAUGCCCCAGCAGCACAGUUUUCCACCCCAGCAGCACAGUUUUCAACCCCUGCAGCAGCUUGCACAGAUGCCCCAGCAGCCCAGCUUUCCAUCCAAGCAACAACUUGCACAGAUGCCCCAGCAGCCCAGCUUUCCACCCCAGCAGCAACUUGCACAGAUGCCUCAGCAGCCCAGCUUUCCACCCAGGAAACAGCAGCAUCUCCCUCAGAUGCCUAACUAUCAACUGAAGCAACAGCAGCAGAUGCCUCAGCAGCCCAACUGUCCACCCAAGCAGCAGCAGCAGCAGCAGCAGCAGCAGCAGCAGCAGCAGCAGCAGCUUGCACAGAUGCCCCAGCAGCCCAGCUUUCCACCCCAGCAGCAGCUGGCAAAGAUGCCCCAGCAGCCCAGUUUUCCACCCCAGCAGCAGCUUGCACAGAUGCCCAGUUUUCCACCCCAGCAGCAACUUGCACAGAUGCCUCAGCAGCCCAACUGUCCACCCAAGCAGCAGCAGCAGCAGCUUGCUCAGAUGCCCCAGCAGCCCAACUAUCAACCAAAGCAGCAGCAGCAGCAGCAGCAGCUUGCUCAGAUGCCCCAGCAGCCCAACUAUCAACCAAAGCAGCAGCAGCAGCAGCAGCAGCAGCUUGCUCAGAUGCCCCAGCAGCCCAACUAUCAACCAAAGCAACAGCAGCAGCUGCCUCAGCAGCCCAGCUUUCCACCCAAGCAACCGCAGCAUCAGAUGAUGCCCCAGCAGCCUAGCUUUCCAUCUAAGCAGCAGGAGCUUGCACAGAUGCCUAACUUGCCACCUAAGCGACAGCAACUGCUGCCUCAGAUACCUCAACAUCCCAGCUUUCCACCCAAGCAACAGCUGCAUCAGAUGAUGCCCCAGCAGCCCAGCUUUCAACCCAAUCAACAGCAGCUUGGCUACCAAGAGCCCCUAGUUCCUGAAAAAGCUUUCCUUCUACCCAAGCAGCAUCGUCAAGUACCACAGAAGCCUAAAUGGCUAAGCUUCCCACCCAAGCAGCAGCCACACUUCCAUGGCAAGUGGGUUCCCCAGCAACCACGCUCUCCUGCCAAGUGGGUUCCCCAGCAAUGACUAUCAAGACAUCAUUCCACUAAUUGAUUCAAAGUGGUAAGCUAUGACUUUAUUAUUAUUUUUGGUCCAAUUUACAGUAUUAGUUAUGAAUAUGGCCAUCUUUACUUUCUUCGAGGUAUUGAAGUAGUGUUUUCAUAGGAAAUGGAGAGACACAGGGCAAAGUUUCAAAGCACUUUGAUUUAGUUUCUAUUACUAUCAUUUGAAACUGCUUUGUGUUUCACUCAGACUUCAUUAAACUGAACCAUGUUUUGAUUGUAAAAUAAAUAUUACAUUCUACAUGUCUAGAA